AGGGUAGACAAGGGCAACAAGCAGCAGUCGUAAUUUAUACACUGUAUGUUUUCAUAAGGAAUCAGGUAGACGUGGUGUUAUUUUUCCCCGUGUUUCCUCAUUUUGAAGUUGUGCAAGAAGUUGUGUUUGUUGUUUUUGUCCUGCGCUGCCUUUUCCGUGUGUGUCAGCGGAGAAAAAGGAGAGAAAAGUGAAGGAUUCAUGUGUGGGAACUGCAGCAGGAAGGAAAGUGCAGCUGGGAAUUUUUUGCCUGGAGCGAGACAGACUGGAGGUCUGUGGCGUAAAGAAGCAAAACAAAAAGAGAAGGAGAAGAGAGAGGGGCAGGAAGGGAUGAGAGGAGAGGCGCAAAGAGGAUGAAAGUUUCAAGCAGGGAUGACGGAGGAGAGAAGAUUUGAUAAGCUGAAGGAGAAGUGAAAGUGGACUUAAUCAGGAGGAGGAGGGUGGAGACAAGAAGAUGACAGAGGGGAAGGGAGGCUCGUCUCCACGCCUUCUUGGGAAAAAAAAAGAAGGGAUGUCAAGGCAAGUCACACACUCACUGUAAAUUUACACACUCACAAUCUUCCUGCCAGAAAUCGUGGAGGAAGGCAGCCAGCUUACAGACACAGUAAUGAAAACUGGACUUGCACACCAACACAUGCGUUGCAUCAGAGUGAAUACACCAGCUGGACGUGGUUUCAUUCAGAUCUGCUGUGAUAAGGAGAAGCGCAUCGUGUCCACCCCUUCCUGCUUCAAGGACUUCUGCUUUAACUCGCUCUCUCAAUCUGCUACCCGGUCAUUUGAUGUUUGUGUACAUACCUGCGCACACACACACACACACACCCACAAUGAAGUGACACACACACACACUCUAUCUCUCUCUCUUCCUUCAGAGCAGCAGGUCCCUGAAAGCAGCCAAACUGUCAGUGACUGUUGCUAACACAUGCUCGCUCUCAGCUCUGCUCCUUCUUUAGUUGCUGCCAAGGGAGGAGGAGGACAAGAAAAAGAAGUGAGGCUGGAAGGAACAGACUGAAACACAGAUAGAAAAGAGAACGACAGAGACUUGGACCAAUCUUGUGACUGCUUGCCUCUGCCUGGCUGACUGUGUGGGAGACCGGAGGAAGGCAAAGUGAUGCCUCGCACACUCUGGAGCGGCAUAUAGUCAGGACUUUUGUUUCUCUCUUGUUUCUUUUAUUUCUCAACUCCAAUUUCCACAAUGCUGAGAAGAGACCGUCUGUUCUUAGCUGCAACCCUGACAGCUGUCUUCUCUGCUGACCUCUACUUCAUCCUCCUGCCAAAGCUGAGGAGUUUGGGGCGACCACACUCUUGUUCCUGUGGCCCCGGCAACCUCAGCCUCCCCAGGCAGGGGGGUCUGGCCACGCCGCUGCUCUCCAACUGGACUUCUGUGCCGCUGCCGGACAGUGCUACACCUGAACCUGCAGACGGGGGCUCGAAGCUGGAGAAGCUGUUCGCUCACACUCUGUACAACAUCCAGACUCCAUCGCUGGGGCCGGAGGAGAGGCUGCUGCAGGCGGAGCAGCUGAUCGAGUACUACAGGAGGAAGGUGUCACGCUGGGAAAGACAUAUGAAGCUGUACAGUGAGGCGGCAGCUGUGGCCAACAUCAGCGUGACCGAGCAUGAAGUGACCUACGACCCUGACGCCAGCUGGAUGAAGUUCCACCUGGGAAUCAACCGCUACGCUCUGUACUCCCGUGAUGACCCCGCUGUCCUGCAGCUCCUCAAGGACAUGCAGAACAUGGCAGUCGUCAGCGCAGAUUACACUCAAGAUGAGAAAGCCCUAAAAGGAGCCUGUGAUUGCACUCAAGUGGUGAAACCCAGCGGACAUCACUUGAAGCUGGCUCUGAAAAUGAAGAACUUUGCAAAAGCCAUGUUCAAACCAAUGAGGCAGCAGAGGGACGAGGAGACUCCAGAGGACUCGUUCUACUUUGUCGACUUCCAGAGACACAACGCAGAGAUCGCUGCUUUCCACCUGGACAGGAUCCUGGACUUCCAGAGGGUCCCGCCGGUCGCUGGCAGGCUGGUGAACGUCACAGGAGAAGUUCUCCAAGUGACCCACAAUGAAGACCUGAGAGCUGUGUUCUUCACCUCACCAGCCAACAACACGUGUUUCUUUGCCAAGUGCCUGUAUGUGUGUAAGACUGAAUAUGCAGUGUGCGGCCGCCCCGACCUGCUGGAGGGAUCCCUGUCUGCCUACCUGCCCGGCCUCAGCAUCGCCCCCCGCAUCUCCAUCCCCAACCCCUGGACACGCUCCUACACCUUCACCGGACGCGAAGAGUGGGAAGUGAAUCCAUUCUACUGCGACACAGUGAAGCAGCUCUAUCCGUACAACUCAGGCAACAGGCUCCUUAACAUCAUAGACAUGUCCAUCUUCGACUUUCUGACGGGUAACAUGGACAGACACCACUACGAGAUUUUUACCAAAUUUGGGGAUGAAGGUUUCCUCCUCCACUUGGACAAUGCCAGAGGGUUUGGGAAACACUCUCAGGAUGAGACGUCCAUCCUGGCUCCUCUGUCUCAGUGCUGCAUGAUAAAACGCUCCACGCUGCUGAGGCUGCAGCUCCUAGCCCGAUCAGAGUUCAGGCUCAGCGACGUGAUGAGGGAAUCCCUUGAGGGAGACCCUCUACGUCCGGUCCUGACCGAGCCCCACCUCUUAGCUCUGGACCGCAGGUUACAGAAGGUCCUCCGAGUGGUCCAGCGCUGCGUCCGGAGGCUGGGCGAGGAGGAAGUGAUCACCAAGGACUUUAUCAAAGCUACAGGGAAACCUCAAACGGCCACAGUAGGGAAAAGGGUCAGGUAGCAGAGGAUGAAACAGACAUCGCUCUGCUUCAUUGCUGCUUUUGGAGAAGACUUCAUGAAAUGUUGUCACCUCGUGAGCCAAGAAGACUCAGAGUCCAGUUUAAGAAACAAGCCGUUUAUGGAAGAUGCUGUGAAAUCUUCAUGGGGAGUUGUCAGAGAAUCACUUCAGGUAGCUGGUUUUGGUCAUAAAUUCACCCCAAGCUGCAUUUUAAGAGAGGUUUCUAUCUUUUUACAUCCACCAUGUGCACAUAGGUCAGUGGUUUGUACAUUCAACAUUUGAAGGAACAACAUGAAGCCAUCGGUGCUCUCUUACUGUCCGAUAAAUCACCAAAGGAGUUAUGAUUCAUAAGAGAGAGCUGUGAUGCACUGGAUCAGCUGCUGGUGGAAAGAAAGAUCUGUGUUGUUUUAAUUUUAAAAUAAAGUUAUUUUAUGUGAUGACACUGCAA